AUGGAGUUGCCUGCGUUCCUUGCGCGCUCAGGAACUGCAACUCCCGGCGGCCUCCGCGCGCGCCGUGUGUCCCUGCCGGCCCCGCCCCCUUUUCCAGGGGGAUGCGGGACACGGAGUUGGCGCGAGCGCCUGAGGCGGGACGGGAAGUGUCCGGGUCAGCUCCCAUCGGUGCAAAACUGCACCGAGCCCGACCUGGAGAGCGGAGGUGCAGAGGCACAGGGCAGUGGCGGCAUCCGCGCUGGCUCAGCAGAGCUCCCAGUGAGGCUGUGGGAGCACACGCCCUCCCACGGGAUGCAAGAGGGAACGCUGCCGUACCUGUUCAGCCAAAAGUGGACAGGAUGCAUGGAAAAUUCCAAUUUUGAAGGACAUGAUGUGCUGGAUCAUGUCCUGAGAAAGGCAGUGGAGCUGGGGAAGGGGCUGGAGCACAAGUCUGAUGAGGAGUGGCUGAGUAUUAACACACAGUUUAUUCACACCCUUUCUUAUUGCAGUGACUCCCUGACAUGGAGAAGCUCUGAGCUGACAUGCCUACUGCUGGAUACCAUAAUAGAUCUAGGCCAGAUCUCCUGCCUUAUAAACACGGCCCUAGGAAGUAAAACUCCAUUAACUGACUGGAUUAAUGAAUUAAAGCUGCUUGCCAUGUGGUCAGGUACCGAUUCCAGUGGAAUUCUUUGGAUUUGUUUGGGCUUAGGUGUGAUUUUAAUACUCACUCUGUUCACCUUAAUGGUCUUGUUUAAAUGGAAGCACCUAAAGCAACUAAAAGAAAAACUGGAAAACACAGACUCCUCUGCGGAGCCGAAUAAUAGUCUCAAGGAUAAUACUGAAAGCAGUGUGAAUACAGAAGAAAUUAGACACACAAUUCCAAGUGAAACAUUAAUGUAUUCAGUGGAAGAAUGCACUUGCAGUGACUGUGGCUUGGUAAAACCUCAGACUGGCUGUGAAACUUCAUUUCCAUUACCAGCUACUGAAGAACGAGCUACUGUUCUAGUUACCACCAAAUCUUUUGAUUAUUACAACUACGUUCUGGGUGUUGGAUGACUGGGAGAGAAGUGUAUUUGUACUGAGUAAUAAUAAAUGAGUUAUUCCAGUA